AUGUCGUCAAACCCGCUCCAGCAACCGAGCAACAAAAUUAACGCAGUCUUACAUCUUCUUUCGCGGGUCAAAGACCCUAACACCGAUCCCAAUAAUCGCGUCAUUGCCUGGGAGGCGAUCAAUAGGUAUCUCUUUUUGGGGACUCCUCCCGCCGUCUGGCAGAAUUUCCCGUUAAUCACCCGUGGAGGCUCUAUUUUCACCAAAAUAGACUUUUUUCAGGAAGUCCUCGACCACGACGCUGAGAGGAACAUAUCCACGCUGGUCGAUGAUGAAGACUACAGCGGAUGGGAUACCUAUACAUUUGACGGGAAAGCUGUUGGAAGCGCCGAUUUCGAGCGUGAGAUCAAAGACUACAAUUAUAAGAAUCUAAACUGGAGUGAUGAAGAGCCGGCCACAAUUCGUAGAAGGCGAUAUGUGACCACCUUGUUGACUAAAAUACUCCAGGAGUGGGUUGAGCAGAAAAAUGCGAUGGAUACGAUCUAUCGUGAGUGGAUAAACACACGAGAGAAAGUAUAG